AUGAAGGACGAUUCAUUUUUGGAGAAUGUUGGAGAAAAUGGCGAUUUAAAUGAAUCCGCGACUGCAGAGAGAAGACCAAGUAUUGAGACUUUACGGAGCAUGCUGAAAAAGGUUUCUCAAAGUCCUUUUCACAACCAGCAGCAGAUGCUUGAUACGUCAGCGUCCGCAAACGGCGAUCAGCAGGACAGAUUUUCACACAUGAGCGGGUUGCGAAGCAGAGAUAACCCUCGACCUACCUCACAACAGAAUGGAGUUCACAAGCCGUCGACCAACCCUUUUUACUCCUACUACCUGGAAAGCACCAAUCACUCGGAGGACAACUCUACAGAGCGUGUGAACUCUGCCUCUGCUUUUGUCUCUCCACCUGAAUUUCAGAGCUCGCCUAUGGAUACAAACAUUUUCCAAAAAACGGAAUCCUCUUCGAAAUCACAUGACGCACCUCUCUUUUCGCCUGAUUUAUUUGGAGCUAAUCAGUCUUUGCGCAAUGGCAGCAAAACAGCCAUGGAGGAUUUUUUUGUUGAAAGUCGGACAGAGGAAGUCAAUCCAUCUAUUAAAACUGACAAUUUUCUUCCACCAAAACCGAGCACAAACCCGUUUCACUCUUCUAAUUAUGAUAAGGAAAACCAAUCGCCUGCGUUAGUCCAAAGCAAACAUGUCACCGUCACAAAUUCAAAUGAGGAAUUGGAUAUUUUUUCUCCGCUUACCGGUUCAAGCAGCCUGGAUCCAUUUCCAAGUCCCGUCACUCGGAAUAUCGACUUCUCCAGCAUUGAAGAUCCAUUUGGGGACUCUCCUUUGAGGUUUUCCGACCCGUUUCAAGAUGCUUCUUUGGACACGUCGGAUGUUUUCAGUUCGCCCAAAGUACCGGCAGUCAAAGCAAGGCCUCCCAGACCGCGGCCUCCUGUCAGCUCUCCCAAAGACUCCACCGUGUCAGCGGAUAAACCCACAGAGAUCGUCCUGACCACGCCACAGGGGUCCCAGCACAGCGUCAUGCAGCCCACUCCGCUGGUGCAGGCUGGCAGCCUGUGUGCGUCGCCCAGCCAUACACCCAAACUCACGCAUGUGUCGACCUUCAGACGUCCUCCUAAACCUCUGCCCCGGAUCAGGCGCUCCAGGACGCUUUCUAGCCCUAAAGCUCCCACUCCUCCAGAGAAACCUGCCAAACCACAGAGGCCCUCGCCUCCUUCUCUCGCCUCAACGAAUGUUCCAGAAGCGGUGGCGUCUCCAGAGCCUUUGAAAAUUCCUCCAAAACCACCGACUCCAAAACUGUCUCCCAAACCGUCCUUCAAUCUGCUGCAAAAACCAUUGAUCCGACGCAAACAGAAAGACAAUGAUCGAGCGGCGAAUCCUGAGAACUACGUGGUUUAUGAGGACAUCCUUCUCAUUGGCCAGGAGCAGUGUGUUGAAGACUGGCCCGAGGACAGUCCUGAGGUCCAACCCAACUUCAAACCACGGGGAACUUUGAGACUACGCAGAGAGUCACUGAUGGCCAAAACAGACUUUGAAACUGAAGAUCUUGAAGGAUCUGGGAGCAGCAAAAAGAAAAAGGAAAAGCACAGAAUGUCUCUGACACCGAGACGAGACUCGAAGGAGCGGUUUUCAGAUGAAUGCACAGGAAGAAGCAGGACACACUCGGCAUCUCGGAAAUCAUCCAGAGAAUAUUACACAGACAGCCCUUAUUCUUCCCAAGAAUUCAAGAAAGACGAAAAGGAAGAUCCUGAUCAAUCGCUGGACUACAGGAAGCCUCAUUUCAAAAACAAGGUGAGCAGUUUUAUGAGGCGAUCGUCAGCUGAAGCUUCUUUCUCAGACCAAAAACGCACAAACGGAAAUGUGCCUCAUGAAUCCAAGGAUCUGGACUUAAAGAAGAGCAAAAAAGACCCACUCCGACGCUUCUCUGAGGGAGCCACGUUGGACGGAAACUCCGGGGAAAGUGGGGACGACGUUGAAUAUAAGAAAACCAGGAAGUUAAAGAGCUUAAAAUUCACAAACAAAGGAUUAGUCUUUCACAAGGAUGAACAAAAAGGCGCUCAUGGAUUCACACCAACAAAAGGCUCAAAGGAGGAUCUGUUUGCACAUACAAACUACUCCACACAGAACAAGUCCCAGGAUGAUGGAUUGGAAAAGCAAAUGAAAAGCCAAAGUCUCCAAUCAUCUAACAAGGCGGCUUAUAUGGACGAUGACUUUGCAGAGAAAUCACCCACUGGUGGAUAUGAAGCGUGGGAAACGGAAAAGCUGAAAGGGAAAUCAUCUAAACACAAACCUCUGCUCCUUCCACGUAAAAACAAGUUGGACCACUCUUCUCCAGAGCAGAUGGGACAGUUCCGCUCCUCACAGCAGGACUUAAAUGGUGAAUUUGAAUAUGAAGACAUUGAUGCAUUAAAAGCAAAACAGAAAGAAAUGUACCACACAGAAGAGGACGACGUCUCUGAACCGAAAAAGACGUUCAAACUCAAGUCAAAACUCAAGUCAAAACUAAAGGGCAAAUCCCCAAAAAUGCAGAACAAAGAUCCUCCAGGAGCCGCAUCUGCAGACUACAUGUCAGAGGCAGCGAAGGCGGAGCUCAUGGCGGCUGAAAAGGACAGACUCACAAUGGAGGCUUAUGAAGAUGGAGAUGAAGACUGGGACACGGACAGUUUGAUGGAAUGGUGGAACACUGUGGAACAAUGGGACGAGGUGCCGUCAGACGAAGAGGAAACUGCUUUACAGCAAGACGAGUCAAAGUCUUUCUCGGGGCUGGCAGACAAAGUGGACCGCGGCCUCCGUCUCUUCAACAAAGUGUUUGUGGAGCGAGCGGAGGUUCUGUGGCAGUCUGUGAUCACUCUUCACACCAUCGCAGACGACAUCAGCACCUUCCACAGCAAAGCACGGAUCGCAGGCAUCACGGGGGGCACCACCACGGCGAUCGGGGGAGUGGCUGCCAUCGCAGGUCUGGCUCUGGCACCGGUCACGCUUGGAGUUUCGUUGGUCAUCACUGCGGUGGGAGUGGGCGUGGCCACAGCCGGAGGGAUUACAACAGCAUCUGCGGCCAUUUCAGAUAACGUCAACAACUCAAACGACAGGAAGAAGGUGGAGGCGGUGCUGCUUGAAAACGAGGUUCAUCUGGUGGAGCUGUCAAAGAUCCUGCACUUCUCCAACACGGGUCUGUACAAACUGAGAGGACACCCCUUCCUCCGCUCUGGCACCCAGCACUAUUCUCAGGACUGGGAGGUGCGCAGGGCGGUGCAGAUGAUCAGCCUGGUGGACUCCCCGGUCAUGAAGGCCACAGACUUGAUUGACUCGGCCGUGUCCGCGGUGAAAGGCUUGUUCCAGGGGAUGGACAAGUACUUUGUGAAGGAGGGCUCACGCGAUCUCAAAAAGGGCUGCAAGAAGGAGAUCGUGGCCCAGAUCAAAGACGUGGCCAAUAUCCUCAACGACUGCAUCAUAGAACUGAACGCUGUCCGGGGAGAGCUGCAGGAAGCUUUGGGAGAAGUGUAG